CGACAGAUGUAUUGGUGAUUUGUAUAGUAAUGUAAACAGUUCAUAAAUUCAUGGAUGUAAAUAAUAUUUUUGAAGAUUAUUGAACAGGUUUAAGAGAAACAAUGGCAGAUGAAAAGUUGGUUGAACAACAGUUAAAGACAGAAUCUUACAUUACUCCAUCUCCUCCUUCUAACCCUCCUCCAUCUUAUAGUAAAAUUGAACUGCCUAAUCAAGGUUCUGAAAAUAAUGGAAGAGACUCAAGGAUAAACAUGCCUAAUAGAGAGAAUAGAGUGAGAUUGGCUCACCAUUCACCAACAAUGUUUGGUUUAGUGCCUGAACGCUGUGUAACAUUUUGUAUAGAUACUUCAGGAAGUAUGUUUCAAAGUCUUGAUGUUGUGAAAGAACAUUUGAUGGAGACAUUGUCAUUGAUGGCAUCACGAACAGAUGAGCCAAUGUUUAAUUUAAUUGAAUUCAAUUCCCAAGUGACUCAGUGGGCUGAUAAACUUGUUCAGUGCACACCAGAGAUAGUUUCAGUUGCAGGAAAAUGGGUGAGUGAGCUGCAGGCCAAAACAGGUACAAAUACACAGGAUGCUUUACUGACAGCAUUGGCUGAUCCUUUAUGUCAGGCUAUUUACCUGGUCACAGAUGGUUUACCAGAUCAAUAUGCAGAGGAAGUGUUAGAUAAUGUUGUUGGAAUGUGCAACACACAGCGGAUUCACUGCAUUUACAUCACAGGAGAGAAGGCAGAUGAUGCAGCUACAGAUUUCUUAGAAGAUUUGGCUGUUGAAACAUUUGGCUCAUUUCAUAUUGUGACACUUACCACUCAUGGGUGUGUUGAGAGAAUUACACCCAUAUACCGUUCUGAUUAUACACAUGAUAAAGUUGUAUACACUGUCAACAACACUCUGAGGCCAAACAUAAAAUCUUGUAGUGUAGCAACAACCCUACAAAUUGAUCCUGAUGAGGUGUUAGGCUUAACUCCCCAUGCCAGGUCACUACUGCUCCCUGCAGCUCCUCUGUUGACAUAUCCGGCAUCACAACGCUAUUAUUACCCAUAUUACUGGUCCAGAUAUCGGCCAGCCAAGGCCUAUUUGAAAGCACAAGAUAAAUUGGCUGAUCCUUUGUUUGGGCUGUCACCAUCUGCAGGAAGUUUACUUGUUGGAAAGAAAGUAAUAGCCAGGAGAAUAGAAGAUGGAUUUUUCUACCGAGCAACAGUUCAAAGUCAGAAUCUUGGAGAGAAAUUUUUGAUUGCUUUUGGACCUUGCAAACAUGGUAGAUAUCAGCAGACAGAAUAUCAGGACACCUUUGUCUUUGAUAUAGUGGAUUACUAUGAUGCUAUUCGGCACACCAUUAUUACUGGUGAUGAGGUUUUGGCUCCCUGGGAGCCAGAAGGAGAGAGAUUUGCACCAGGAAUAGUCAUUGAUGGACAGGAAAAGCGUCAUGCUGAGGGUCCAGAUGACAAAAUGCUAACAGUCACAUUCAGCCAUGGCUGCACCAGUAAAGUUGCUCUCAAUACAGCUGUAUGGAUCCCACCAUCCUUAUACGACAGACUUUCUCUUGAGCUCCAGAUGCCAAAAGAAACCAGACAGAAAAUUUUGUCAGUAACAGACCAUUAUCCACUAGAAAAUUUGCCAGGUUACCCAACAUCAGGACCCCUGGCUGAUCCACCAGAAUAUCCAUAUGUUAAUCCAUUCCUUGUUGAGUCCAGUCCUCUUUUGUGGGACCCUUAUCUAUACAGAUACUCUCCAUAUCUACCAGCUUACUUUGGGUACCCUUCUUUUGUUGUAAAAGCAAAAACAGAUAAGAAAAUGAUUACUACAAAUGAGGAUAAUACUAAAAUAAUACCUGGAACUGAAAUGACCAAUCAAGAGCUGGAAGAGCGAGUAAUGUCACAGUUAAUGGAACAUCGCUUGACAGGAGACAGCACCAAAAGUGAUAGUCAACUAGUGGAUAGUACCACAGAUAAAUCCAAAGCUGAAAGUCUAUCUGCUAGUGGUAUUAAAGAGAGCUCAGCAUCACGGCUUCUAAACAAGAGGGAAUCACUAAAUGAAAAUGCUGUGAAAAAAAAUGUUCAUUUUAGUGAUAGCAAAAGGGUAGAAACAGUUUGUGAUAUGGAGGAUUAUUUAGAUGAUUCUGCCUUUGAUGAGUAUGGAAAUCCAAAGAAGAAGGCAGACCUUGGAGUGAAUACAGAUUCCAGUUUGUUAUUUUAUCAUUCUAAAGGCAUCAGUGGCAGGCCAAGGUGGAACAAAUAUUGUUAUAACAACUCCUGUUGUAGUGGGGAAUCUAAGUGCUCAGGCUGCACAAGGCCAUUUAGGGAGACAGCACUUCAGGCACCUUUAGAAGCACGAGAUCAAAGAAUGUAUCCUUGUAGUGUUGAGUGGACAAGUCCUGCCUUUAAAUAUGUGGACACUUUUGCCAAACAUGAGAGAGCAAGUUCUGUGCAAGAAUGUUUACAAGGUGUCAAAGCACCAAACAAAUCCCACAACAAUUUGAGCCAUACUAACGUGGCUUUGAAACCCACAGUGAUGCUGACUCAAGAAGAAAGGGAAGAGGCUCGCAGGCAGUAUAGGCUCAAGAGAGUGAUUCAGCGUGAAGCAGAAUGGCAACAAAGAUUAAAAGACACUGAUAAUGUCAAGGCUUUAAUGCAGGACCAUCACAGGGAACGUGUCUUAAGUCAGAUGGAGAGAGAUAGGCAGCGCCAAAUAAAAGAGCAAAACGAUAUACAACGAAUUAGAGAAGCCAAAAAGCAGAUCAGUGCUCAACUUAGAACAAGAAUAGAGAGCAACCAAACUGUGGAAUCACAAAAAGAAGAAAAGCGUCUGGAAGCUUUGAGAAGAAGAAGAGAAAGAAGGGAGUUAAUCCAAACACAACAUGAUAAAGAAAUAGAGAAAUCAAUUGAGAGAAAGGAGCUAAUUCGCAAACAAAACAACACUGCUCGGCUGAGUGCUUGGACCACUCAUCUUGACGAAGAAGAGGCAAAAACAGCAACUUUAAACAAGCAGCACCAAGAGGCUAAAGAGAGGCGUCUACAACAAUUCAGAGAAAAAGAAAAAAUUGCCCAGCAGAAGAAAGAUUUAAGAAUAGCUGUGACACAGCAAAGUCAAGCUUUGUAUAGAUCUCAAAUAUUUGCAUAGUUAUUUUGUAAUAAGUUUCCUCUAGCCUCAUUUUAAAUUCACUUAAUUAAUGUUACACUUAGUUUAUGUAGACCAAAUGUACUAAUUUAUUUAUGUGCCAACAUUUUUGUCAAAUUAAUAAUAUUUGAAAUGUAUUCAAGUUUCUUUUUACAAUUGCAUCAAAGAUACAAAUAUCUGCUUGUUGUUAUUUUAAAAUUCCCACUCUCUGAAUUUUUAAAAAUCAUACAUGAAUAUUUCUAAUUAAUUAAAAUGUUUGCUAGUCAUGCUCAUGUGAAGAACUGCCUUAAUUUAUACAACGAUUACCAAAGCCUAAAAAGCCUCUGGGCUGUGAGUGGCAUUAAGUAAUAUGACACUUUUAUCUGUCUCAUUGAUUCAGUACAAGCUGAAGACAUCUGAACAAGGAUAAAAUACAAGCCAGCAUGGCUAGUUAAAUUUAGACUCAGUCUGCUAAAAUAUGUUGAGUCUCUGCAGUUGUCUUGUCUUUGCCAUAAGAAAUCAGUGUUUGAAAUAAUAUCAACUUAUGUUUUAUUUGAACAUUUUAUGUGGCUUGACUAAAAGUAACAUCAUAACGUAGAACAUUAAAAUGCUAGAUAUAUAAUGUAUACUUUUAAAGCUCAUAAUUUUCUUUUUUUUUUCAAUUUUCAAUUUUAUAUUAUUGUUAUAUCUGUGAUAGGGUAUAUCCCAAACAUGAUCACCCGGUGUAUGUAUUAGUUUUGUGUAGCAUAACAUCUGACUACCAAAACAACUAUCUAGAGCUGGCUAUAUCUUAUUUGGGGAAACAGCUGGUCAUUCAUCAAACCACCAUGAACUGAUAACAGAAUUUAAUAAACUUACAGUAAUAUUGCUGACAAUUGAAUUUAAUAAGCUUACUGUAAUAUUGCUGAAAACUGAACUUGAUAAACUUACUGUAAUAUUGCUGACAACUAAAUUUCAUUAGCUUAUUGUAAUAUUGCUAACAACUUAAUAUAAUAAACAUACUGUAAUAUUGUGAUGUUCUUGUUUUUGAGCAUAGACAAGAUUUUGAUAUGCUUUGUAAAUUUUAAGUCAUCUGCAACCUUACACAUGUUAAUUUUUGCACCUGGUAAUGGUAUAUUGGCUCUUUGUUAGUAUUUAUUUUAUUUUUCUAGACAAAAAACUACACAUUUUUCACCGUGUACACUUUUUUAUUUAUAUGUGUAGGAAAAUAAAAACCUCU